GUGCGCAUGCGCGUGAUAAGCAUGGGACAUGGACUAUGCAGACUGUUCUCGUAUUGAUAGUGGUAUUGAUCUUUUUUUAAACAGAAAUGAACUUUAUCUAAACUCCAGCCGCAGAGAGACUCUUUAAACUCCCGGGAGAGCGGGCUGAGGUCCUGCAGAGCUGGGUUAAUGAUUAACCGGGCUGGUUCUUGUUGACAGAAGCUGGUUCAGUAGGGCAGAGGAGCUGCGGGAGGAACAGAAACAUGUCAGCUCUGAAAUUCUGCGCCAACAUCUCGUGGCUGUUCACCGAGCUGCCCGAGUUCAGCCAGCGGGCACAGGCUGCUGCCCGCGCCGGCUUCCAGGCGGUGGAGGCGGCGUGGCUGUACGACUCUGACCCGGGAGAGCUGCGGAGCGUCGCGGAGCGGACCGGGCUGGAGGUAGCGCUUAUAAACACUCCCCCGGGUGAUUUAAAGAAUGGUGAUUUGGGACUGGGGGCUGUUCCUGGGAGGGAGCAGGAUUUCAGGCAGGGUUUGGAUCAGGCAGUUCAGUAUGCUAAAAUAUUGAACUGCAAGAGGAUUCACCUGAUGGCUGGGAGAGUACCCACAGGUACAGCACGGCCUGCCAUCGCUGUGGAAAUGGAGGCAACGUUUGUUCAAAACCUCAAAUAUGCUGCGGACAUCCUCGCAAAGGAGGGAAUUAUUGGCUUGAUUGAACCAAUAAACACGAGGAUAACAGAUCCUCGGUAUUUCCUGGACUCACCACAUCAGGCUGCAGCAAUACUUCAGAAAGUUGAUCGCCCAAACAUCAAGUUACAAAUGGACGUUUACCAUUGGCAGAUAAUGGAUGGGAACCUGACCCAGAACCUCCAAAAAUAUUUCCCCCUCAUAGGUCACGUCCAGGUCGCUCAGGUUCCAGACCGCCAUGAACCCGACAGUCCAGGUGAGGUCAACUUCCUCUACCUGUUUAAUCUGCUGGAAAAACUGGGCUACCAGGGAUAUGUGGGCUGCGAAUACAAACCAGCGGGUUCCACAGAAGCAGGUCUGGGGUGGGUGAGAAAAUACUGGGAGGGCAAGAAGUGAGAAAAACUGCAGUGUGUCAAGAUCAGAAUUGAGUUUCAGUAGGACAUAAUGGAACAACACCCCCUAAACCCUCCUCCUCCUUCUUGUCCUCUACUCCAUCAGCAACAUUUAAUCAUGGAGGAAAUCUCUUACUGUUACUGGCUAAGAGGCACUGGGGGGAUUGGGGGCAUUCAGCGUGUGCCAGUGUGUGUUUCGCUUGCAGGAAUCAAGGCCAGCGAAUGCACGCAUAUUUGGAGAAAUUGGGGCAGUAAUUACACACACAUUUACUGAUGGGCUUGUUUAGAUGGAGCCCCUUGUCUGGUGGAGAUAAGCCUGGAACCCAACGCUUCAGCAACAACUUCCUCUGCCAAAGGCAUCAUAAAUACUCAAGACAAUACUCCCAACAGGAAGCUGCUGCUGCUGCUACUGCUGUGCACAACUUCUUACUUUCAUCAUCUGGAACAAUAUAAAAGUCCUUUUUUU